AUGCAGUGCUCCAUAGCAUACAGUUUGGCAAUUCUUUGCCUCGGCUGUUUAAUUGCAGUUGAAUCUAAAGGGAAGAAACCCAGUGGGGGAGGUGGCCAGGGUACUGGACAAGUCAUUAAAGAUGAAUUUGGGAACCUUGAAGAAGCAAUGCAACUCCUGAUCGAAAAACUGAAAACAGAUCUGAAAGAUGAUUCUGCAAGUAUAAGAGACGAGGUGUCAAAUCUGAGGGAUGACGUGUCCAAUCUAAGAGAUGGCGAAUCUGAUAAUAUUGCUAGUAUUAGAGAAGAGUUGUCAAAUCUAAGACUGGGUGAAUCCGAUGUUCGUGAUAAUCUGGUGGAACUGAAGGAAUCGAUGGUAGACAUGAAGAAACAGUUGAGUGAAAUAUCAAUUCAUGGCAACACCGAGAAAGAUGACACUGACGACACUAAGACUAAUGUACCACUGUUUGACUCAGAAGUUUGUAACACAUCAUCCAAAAUGUUUCAAGAAAUUAAAGAUCAGCUGAAAGGCUUCCAACGUAAUGAGUUAACCACUGAACGUCAUAUCAAUGUUUCCACCAAUUCUGAAGUUUGUAACAAAUCAUCAAGGAUGUUUGAAGCAAUUCAAGAACAACUAAAAAGUUUUCGACACCCUGAAACCACGAAGAAUAAAAUUGCAAAUGGAAAAUGCAACGAGUCUAUAUCGGGAACAGAAACAUUGAAGGAAGAUCUUGAAAUGAUGAUUCAGGAACAAAUGAAGAAACUAGUAGAGACGUGCCAGACAGGAAGAGAUGACCAAACACAUACAGAACUGCCUAACAAUGUCACAUCUCCUGUAGCAGAAGAUUGCAGUGGGCAAUCGGAUGGAGUCCAUGUAAUAACCACCAGGACUGGUAAACGGUUUCUUGCAAGCUGUGAAGAUGAUUGGCUCAUACUUGCACACCGCUUCGAUGGAAGUAUCGAGUUCAACCUUGAAUGGGCUUCAUACAGACAGGGUUUCGGCAAUAUUUUAAGAGAACACUUUAUAGGAAUGGACAAUAUUGUAGCUGUGUUACAACAGAAGAGAUACAAGGCAAGGUUUGACCUGACAACAUGGGAGAAUGAGACACGAUACGCUGAAUAUAUAACAUUUGACAUUAAUGAUGAAAAGGACAAAUACCGGUUGAAUAUUGAUGGCUAUAGUGGCACAGCAGGUGAUUCAAUGAAACAUGCCAAUCAUGAUCAAUUCUCAACCAAGGAUUCUGAUAACGAUGUUGACAGUAGACAUUGCGCUGUGUUUUUUCAAGGGCCUUAUUGGUAUGGAAGUGGUUGUAACGGCGUCUAUGGUUCUGUCUUUGGCAAAUACAUAAAAGGUCCAAAAUGUGCAAAUUCACUUGGUUGUAUAGCUUGGUAUUAUUGGCCUGAGAAACUCCCUGGCGUUGCUGGCAAUCAAUAUUAUUCUUUCAAAGAGAUAAAGCUCAAAAUCCGACCAAUUUAA